AUGGCGGGGUGGCGGCUCUACGGCCUCGACAACAGGCCAGAGACUCCCAUGGACGCGACCACCUAUCUGCGCGUCCAACUAUCGUUCGAUGCUGCUGUGCCCAUGCACCUCGACGCCGCGCGAUUCCUGCUCGCCGUGACGCGCGCCCGCGUGGCGCUGACCGGCGACGUCGGCGCUGCUGAUCCGGUGCUGCGGGAGGUGGAGCAGGCCGCCUGCCGCGCCAGGGUGCUAGUGGAGGCGUCUUCGCUCGCCAGCCUCGCAGCGGACAGCAGGGGCUUUCUACGCAGAAUGGCGGUCGUGGCAGAGAGCGAGAGGUGA